AUGUUUUGGUGCAGUGUUGUCUUUUCUGUACUUGUAUUGCUGUCUUUUUCUUUUUUUCAUUGCAUAAUUGUCAUCGUCACCCCAUUGUUUUUAUUACAGUCGCCAGUUAUCAUGUUGUUUUUCAUAUACGUAUUUAUCGCUUUUUGCGUCGCGUUUAAUUUUUCUAUCUAUAGUGCUACCCGUGGUGAGGGUGUGAUUUUGAUCUCUGAAAGCGAUGACUUCGGCCAGCAGCCUGGGAAUCGGCAAACGAUGUCCCGCCCGGUAUGA